UCUACACGUCGCCAGCGGCUAGAACUAGAGGGUGGAACCGAGAACCAUCUAGAGGGAGAGGCACAUGCAGUUGCGAUUGCUGGAUCACAACCUCCUGGUACAGAAGUAGGUGCUCAGCUACUUGGUCCAGCAGGAAGCCAUGACGUAGCACUUGUUGACAGUAUCAUGGGACGAGGACAAAUGAUGCCGCCUCAACAUUUAGGAAC